AUGAGAUAUUUAGAAAAGGUAUUGGGUAUUGAUAUUACAACCAAAGCAUCAAUGAUUUGUGGUACUAGUACAGGAGGAAUCAUAGCCUUUGGUAAAUUGGAAAGACUAACAAAUCAACAAUUGGAAGAUUUAUAUGUUGGUAUGGGUAAAGAAAUUAUGAAAUUUUCAUGUCAAAAUUUAAUUAAAGAUCAAUCAGUAUGUAAUACAACGGAAUAUACAAAACAAUUGGGAAAAUAUUUCAAGGCUGGUACAAAGACAAUGGCAUUUGUGACGACUAGUAUCAAAGAAGACGAGUCAUCAUCAAACUAUGAACCUUUUAUUCUUAGUAAUUAUUGUAACCCCAAGAGAAAGAUUGCACCAAAAGGCAAGUUUGAUAUCAAUGUGGUGGAUGCUCUUCGUGCCACAUCGGCCAUUCCAAUGCUCUUUCAACUACCACGUUCAAACGGCUACGAGUUUUUCGAUGGUGGACUCAGUCAUAAUAAUCCAACCGAAUUAUUAUACAAAGAAGCUAAUCAAAUGUUUGAACAAGAUAAUGAUACUCUUUAUUUAAUUAUUUCUUUUGGUACUGGAUACAUUAAAAAGAAAAAAACAAAUAAUAUUAAAAAGGAUGGUGCAGAUUCAUCAUCAACAAUGACUUCAUCUACUUCAUCAACUGAAUCAUCAACAUCUGAAAAUCAACAAUUGGAUCAAAUGUUGAAUCAAUUAGAAAUUGAUGAAUCGGCAAUUGUAGAACAAGAACAGGAACAGACGGUAAAGAAAUUAAAGCCAGGAGAAAAGAUUAAAAAUUUCUUUCAAAAGAUUGAUAAUGUGAUUGAAGAGUAUGCACGUACAGCCAAAUCAUUUGUUUCCAUUGUAAAGACACUUAGUCGUGUAAGUGACUCUCAUAGAGCACACAAAAGAAACAAAGAAAUGUUGGCUGAUCGUGACAAUGUACUCUAUCUUCGUUUCAACCCUCAAAUUUCAAAUCAAAUCUUGUUAAAUGAUUGUUCAGAACCUGCUCUCAAACAAAUGCAAGGUGAUUUUGAAAAUGGAAAUAAUGAUGAAUUGGAUCAUAGUCUAUUUCAAGAAAUACAAUCAAUAGGUUGUCCAUUAGAAUACUAUAUUCAUGAAAAUAAUCAAGAUCAUUUAUUAGCAAAAACUAACCUUGAAAAGCGCGUUAAAGAAAACUUUGGUCAUGUUAAUAUUGGAAUCCUUAGAUAUCAAUUAUACAACAUUCUAUUAAAAUAUUUAGAGAAAUAUAAUAUUCAAAUUGUAUUUGAUAAAUCAAUGAUUGAUAUUCAACAACAACAUCAACAAAAAGGCUUAAACAAUAAUAAUAAUAAUAUGUUAUGUGUAAAAUUUACAUGGUAG